AAUUGUGGAGGACCAUGAGAUAUUUGGCAAUAUAGAAAGCAUCAGCCUCACAACCAUUACACGGACACUGUCCAAACACAGAGUGCGGAUGAAGCAGCUCUACACUGUUCCCUUUGAGAGGAACAGUGAGAGAGUCAAGGAGCUACGACGACAAUAUGUCCAGAGAGUUAUGGAAUUGAAGGCCAACCAGGCCCUUCAUGAAUUCAUUUACAUAGAUGAGGCAGGAUUCAAUCUAUCCAAAAGGCGUCGACGUGGACGAAAUAUAAUUGGAAAAAGGGCCACAGUUGAUGUGCCAGGACAGAGAGGGGCAAACAUUACCAUGUGUGCAGCAAUGGCAAAUGCAGGAUUACUCCUUCACAGAUGUCAGGUUGGACCCUAUAAUACCGAGCGCCUCCUUGCCUUUCUCAAUGAUCUCCACCUGCGCCUGGUACCAGAGCAGGAUCAGGAGGGUGAAAGCAUGAGGACCUUUGUAAUUACCUGGGACAAUGUUGCUUUCCAUCAUUCGCAAGCAAUAACAGCAUGGUUUGAAGUCCACCCAAGACUGGUAAGUCUCUUCCUUCCACCCUAUUCACCUUUCCUCAACCCCAUAGAGGAGUUCUUUUCUGCAUGGAGGUGGAAGGUUUAUGACCAUCAGCCACAUGACCAGAUGUCCCUCCUUGAAGCCAUGGAUGCUGGCUGCAGGGACAUCACAGUUCAAGAUUGCCAAGGGUGGAUCCGACAUACCAAGCGGUUUUAUCCCAGGUGCAUCGCCUUGGAUGAUAUCAGAUGUGAUGUUGACGAAAACAUGUGGCCUAACCCUGAAGAUCGCAGGGAUUAGAUACAUUAAUUUUGUGCUAUUUUUAGUUCCCCCUUCUUAUCUGGGCUUUUUGCUGUUUUGUUUUUUGUUUUGUUUUUUGUUUUUCAGAAUGCUCUUAUAUAUGAUAUUUUGUUCACUGUAAGCAAUACUGUAAAACCUUUUCUGUUCUAUUAUAUUGUGUUUCUACUGUAUCUCCUUUAGUAAACAGUAAAGAAAAAAAUAACUGAUUUGCUUUUUACUGGAAUGCGUUUGAAUGUGAACAUUACUGUACAUGUGGACAUACAGUUCCCAACUAAGAAAUUUUGUGUAAAAGGUGGAUUGCAUGUUACCUGAAACAUAAAAGUCUAUGCAGUUUUUCUAAUGUCAACAAUAGCCAGUAUUUUGAAACCUGGUGUACUUUGAUUGACUGCAUAUACCUUGUGAAGUGAAAACAAGUGUUAUUCUUUGACAGAAUAAUUUCAUUUUGAGUCAGAUUUCCAGUGUUUCGGUAAAGUUAGUGUGUGCAGAGAAAGAUGUGUUCUGUUUUGAAAUGGAGAGUUAGUAUAUGUUUAACAAAAUGUGUUUUUGAGAGGAAAAUUAUCAAUUUGGCCAAUUGUGUUUUGUAGGUGUAAGUCUGUGUUAAGAGUUUAGAAAAAUUAUCUUAAGUAUAGGUAAGCGCUUGUUAGCGAUUGAAAAAAACUGUA